AUUUUCCCAGAAUUUACUCUGUUCAUUCGAUUUUGCCGUGAUCGAAUAUAAAUAAGCGUUUUUGGGUGCAGCCGAGCACCGAAUCUCGUUUCAACUCUCGAUUACUCGUCCAAUCUCUUUUUGUGAGAAACGUAUCAGAGAAAUGGCGCGCGGCAGUGGUCCAUCGAGGCUGAGGAAGCGAGUCGAGGCGGAAACUGCCCCUGCUUCGUCGUCGUCUGCUCUCAAGCGUGCCAGAGACGGCAGUGCUUUUGCCAAAUGCGAUGAGUGUAACAAGGAUGUUCCGAUAGCGUUGAUAAGCUUCCACAAUUGCAGUCUCGACGCUAAAAUCAAGAUGAAUCUCGAGGCUCAGGUUAUUGAAGUACCUAAUGAAAAUAAGAAGCCAGAGAGGAAGAAGGCGGCUAAGCAAGCAGAGCCAAAGGCGAAGAAGGAAAAGAAGGCUAAAACCUCUAUUGGAAGAAAGCGUCCUCCCACUGCAUUCUUCCUCUUCAUGGACGAUUUCAGGAAAUCAUUCAAGGAGGCUAAUCCAGACUGCAAGAGUGUUGCUACGGUUGCCAAGGAGGGAGGUGAGAAAUGGAAAUCCAUGAGCGAUGAGGAUAAGAAAGUCUAUGUCGACAGAGCAGCUGAGCUCAAAGCAGAAUUUGAAAAGGCCAAAGAAUCCAAUGAAGCUGAUGACAAUCAACCAGAAGAUGCAAAUAAUUCAUCAGAGAAAGAAGCCCAUGAGGAAGUUCUUGAAACUGACAAGGAAGAAGCCAAGGAAGAGGUAGAGGUAGAUGAAGAUGAAUGAAAAAAACAAAAAAAACCCAUAUUUUGAUUUUAUCUUUUGUCCUGUUCUUGGCUUUGUAAGUAAGAUCUGAUACUGUUAAUUUGCGAUAGAGACCUGUCUACUGAUUUUGGAAAUUCUGGUGACAAAAUGAAAACUUGAAUUCUGGUUGGUUGCAAUAUUGCUUCUUUUUUUUUUGGCCUAAAAAU